CUUAAGACUUUUAUCUAUUUCAGAAACAAAAAGAUAGUUAAAAAAUAUCCACAAGCAACUAGCAAUGGCAAGCAAUGGAGAAAAUGGAAGACAUCAAGAAGUUGGACACAAGAGUCUCUUGCAAAGUGAUGCUCUUUAUCAGUACAUUCUUGAAACAAGUGUGUACCCAAGAGAGCCUGAAGCCAUGAAAGAGCUAAGAGAGAUUACUGCAAAACACCCUUGGAACCUUAUGACCACCUCUGCUGAUGAAGGGCAAUUCUUGAAUAUGCUUCUCAAACUCAUCAAUGCCAAGAAUACCAUGGAGAUUGGUGUUUUUACUGGUUACUCUCUUCUUGCUACUGCCAUGGCUCUUCCCGAUGAUGGCAAGAUUCUAGCCAUGGAUAUCAACCGUGAUAACUAUGAGAUUGGUCUUCCAGUAAUUGAAAAAGCCGGUCUAGCUCACAAAGUUGAAUUCAGAGAAGGCCCUGCACUUCCUGUUCUUGACCAAAUGAUUGAAGACGGCAAAUAUCAUGGAUCAUAUGAUUUCAUAUUUGUUGACGCUGACAAGGACAAUUACUUGAAUUAUCACAAGAGAUUAAUCGACUUGGUCAGGAUUGGUGGAGUAAUUGGAUAUGACAACACCCUGUGGAACGGAUCAGUAGUUGCACCACCUGAUGCACCGUUAAGGAAAUAUGUUAGGUAUUAUAGGGAUUUCGUAUUGGAACUAAACAGAGCCUUGGCUGCUGAUACCAGAAUAGAAAUCUGCCAGCUUCCUGUUGGUGAUGGCAUCACCCUUUGCCGUCGCAUCAGUUAAAAUAUUCAUAUAGUACUAUUGGUGGCACCCAAAAAUGAAAGGGCACGCUACAGGGCUCAUGAGUUAUGACAAUGGAGGAUUUUUCAUUUUGAAAUCCCCUGUUUUACUCAUUCGUUUAUUUUUAUCUUUUUUUCUUCUUGUUUUGUAUUCUUGCGAAGGUUGCAUUGGCUAUAUUACCUAAUGCUUAUUUUACAAUGUAAUUUGAUAAAUAAAAAAGAAAUUCAAGUGCGAA